AUGGCAGAAGCACUAGCAGCAGAUAUCAAAGAGAAUAUCUUAACAUGCAGUAUUUGUCUGGGAGAGUAUGAGGAUCCCCGUGUGCUGCCUUGCUACCAUACAUUUUGCUUCGGUUGUAUAUGUGACCAUGCUUCACGCACAGUGACUCCAAAUAGGACAUUUCUGUGUCCCAUUUGUAGAGAAGAGGUCCAGUUUCCAGCUGGUGGACUUAAUGAACUGAAAAAGAAUUUUGUCUUCAGCAAGGCCAAGGACAUCAUAACCGAACAACGAGAUAGAGGGACCUUUGAAAAGGAACAGCCCAACGUAGCAACAGUGACACAAGACAUUGCACAGAUGACCAUCAGUUGUAAGAAACAUCCUAAUAAAGAAUUAGAAUACUAUUGUGAAGAUGACAGCACUGUAAUAUGUGGCAAGUGUAUAGCAACAGGGCAUGGUGGACAUCGUAUUUCAUCAGUUGAACAAGUUGCAAAAAUUAACAGAGAUAAAAUUAAAGCUGCUCUUGGGAGAACUAUGGACACAACGAACAGGUUUAAAGAGUCCAUAGAGACAGCCAGUGAAAAAGGGGAUCCUCAUAUCAAGACACUCACUAUUGAAAACAUCAAAACACAAGCUCAGAGUAUGCGCAAAUACAUUGAUCAAAGGGAAGAGACACUGAUAUCAGAAGUGAAUUCUGCUUAUGAUGUCAGAAAGAAGCAGGAGGAGGCAAACAAAGAUAUCCUUGAGUUCCACCAUACGUCCUUGCACAGUGCCUGUGACUUUGCCCAGGAACUUAUCACUAAUGGCACUGACUCUGAUGUCAUGGUUCAUGCAAAACCUCUGAUAGAAAGACUGACAGUGUUGGAGAAAACACCUGUCCCAACUCCAGACACACCAGCACAGAUAUCUUACAAACCAGGUAGGAUAUCUACUGCCGGACUGAGAGCCAUGUUAGGACAGUUGACUCCAUUGGCUGGACAAGGAACAAACCCAAGAUCAGCACCACUUCAUCCUGUUUUCUUGGAUAGGGCAGAAUGUGUGCAUUCCUUCAGUGCUCUGAUGGAAGAUGACAUAAACACUUACAUAUCUGGGUUAGCCAUUGAUAUGGAAUACUUGUUUGUAGCGGAUACAAGAAAUGACAAAACAAAAAUAUUCACACAUGCUGGAGAAUUUAAAUUUGACAUUAAACUUGACAGUCCAGUUGAUGUGGCUGUGUCACAGACUGGUCACCUGUAUAUAACAUCACGGGGUGGCAAAUGUGUCAAAGUGUACUCCACCAGAGGUCAGCAGGUGACAACCAUGGGUCAGGGUCUACUGGAAAGCCCGUGUGGUAUUAAACUGAACAGACAAGUGUACAGUGUGAAUGAUUACAUUGUGAUAUCAUACAGUCACGAAAGCCGUGUAAGUGUGCUGUCACCUACUGGUAAACAGCUAUACCAGUAUGGCACACAUGGCAGUGGAUAUGGUGAGAUGAACUGUCCACAGGGAGUGUGCAUAGACAGCUAUGGCCACAUCUUCAUUGCUGACAGUUAUAACCACAGAAUAGUGGCACUGAAUUUUCGUGCAUAUUUUAUGCGAUACAUUGCCACAGAGGAGGAUGGGCUGGAGUUUCCUGUAGCAUUAGCCAUCAACCCUGCUGGCCAGCUGGUGGUGGCAGAGUUACAGGGCAAAGUUAAGACAUUCCAGUAUUUAGAGUGA